UUAUUGCACUUCACCUCCGUUCAAUUACGCUUGCAUUUGCAUUGUGCUUGUUAGGAAUUUUCAGAAUUCUAACUUCAAAAACUGAUAUAUCCUAAUUAACAAUCCCCUUUAAUGAUUAAUAGUUCCGUGUAUAAUGGCUCGUUAAUAAUUUUCCAUAAACGACCAUUUAGUAAAUACACGAAAGAGGUUACUUUAACGAUCGUUGAUAUUAGCAAUAAUAUUUAAAUACAAGUGAUUUUUUGAACUGCAAAUUAUUAUUGAUAUUUGAAAUUCGAGAAUUAUUAACCUAAUUAAGUGUUCGAGCUUUCGUAAAUUCUGAGCUACUGGUUAAAGAACUUGAUUUUUUUAUCAAUGUAAUUUUACACGUGAUAUGUAUAAAAUUAUAUUUUGUAUAUACUUUUACGAUAGUAUUAAUUGUACUUAAAGUAUUUUAAUUUAAAUAAUAACCUGUAGUCAUGUUUGGUUCCUUGCGUAAUAAAUUUCAAACAGUACAAGAAGGUAUAUCAGCUAGUAUCCGAGGAUUGACCGUCACUGAGAAUCCACGGCACAAAAAAUCUGUUAACGUUCGAAACGUUAAUUAUAAUGCAGGGGCUGAUAUCUUGCAUAGAUAUCAAUUACAGUGGAAUGAGUUACACGAGCUUACAGAAGAGAAUGCACUGAAGGCUCAAGAGGCAGAUAAACUUAUAGGAAGUAUCUAUGAAAGGCUUGAACAAGAAUGGAAAAGUAUUACAUGUUUGAAUAGCACUUUAGCUUAUAUUCCAAAAAUUAACAAUGCAAUACAUGACCUGAUGGAUCAAAUAGGGACGUUACAAGAGAUGUUUGAAGAGGUAGAAACUUCUAUUUAUCGAUUAGAAGAUUUAAAUGAAAUGUUAGAUUUACAAAGUAGGCAAUUGGAUCAUCGAUUUCAGUUAGCUUUGUACGAAGAAAAGAAACUUGGAGAAUUAAAUAUUGUGAAAGCAAAGUUAGCCAAUGAACACACCGAAAGAGUAUCGCAAUAUGAACAUAAGAUACAGAAGAUGAUGAAAGAAAGACGAGAAACGUUCGAGGAAGUCUUUAAAGAGCAACUCGAAGAAUACAAAGCAACAGGAUCAAUAUCCAAGCUACCAGUGACGCAACAAGGGCCAUCUUUGGAUGAAAUAGUUUUAGAUGUAGAUUCAACAACGUUCAAUGAAUUUUUAGAAAAUUAA